GAUCAAUCGCGUCAGUUACUUAUAUCGCUGUUCCCUGAGCUCGACGAACUGAAUGGCUCGUCAAUCACAAACAAGCAACGUAUAGCUGCUGAACGGUACGUUUUGCAUCGUCAUUGUUCUCGAGACGAUCGUUCAAUCGCCGAUGCAAACACAUCAACGGGAGGACGACUCAUCGAGAGGUUGGAGGAAAUUCAUACUCAUUUUGUGGAAGCCAAUCAAGUCGGAGAGGUGGAAACGACUCGGGAGAAUAAAAUUGGAAAGACGCUACUCGUGUUGAAGAUCUUCCCGCUUGAUAGCAAACAGCCGAUUGACGUCAGAGUUCCGUCAAGCAUGAGAGUUGCCGACCUCAGACUUUUGGUAUAUAAGAGGACUCGUUGGCCGCUGGAUUUUGACAAUUUGGCAUUGCAGCUCGGCGAUGAUGUUCUCUCUACCAAUCAUCUCAUCACAAGUGUGGACGACUCGGAUGAAGUGUCCUCCAUAAUCACCGAUAAGGUUAAUUCAACUUCCAUCCGACCCAUCGUUUGGGAGGCAUCAGUCAUCAGUUGAUC